AUGGCGGGCGCUCCUCCCCUCGUUGGCGGCCCCUCGGGGCUGCCCCUCGGCUACAUGCGGCCCGCUGCCCCCCCAACUUCUCUUCUGUCUCCAGCGAUUUCUCCUUUCUCAGAUAUCGCUCAGGGCUCUUCUGUAGGGGGGGCUGCAGGGUUCGACCCGUUGUAUCCUGAGAACGCUAUGCCCGACGCUGCAGCUGCUCCACGGCCGCUUGCGGCAUCCGCCAUGAUGGCGGCGGCGGUGAGACAGCAGCAGGAACACGAGGAGCUCCUGGCAGAGGCUGUAGCUGAAGCUGCGAAGUCGCCGCAGCAGUACCUCGUCCAGCAGAUCAAGGAGACGUUGCAUGCGCCACAUCCUCGCCUCGAGGUGUUGUGCGGCUGCGCCGCCGACCUGGGCCACAUUCUCUUUGCCGCCUCGCCUCCCCACUAUCGCGAGGGCGGGUUGCCCGUUAUAUCUCGUUCGCCGCUAGUACAGAGCCAACACGCGCUUCUCCUUCAGAAACUGCAGCAGCAGCAGGCGCAGGAGGCCGCGAACGCGUACGCCAUGAACCUCGAGGGAGGCCACCGGGGUUCCCCUGAAGCUCAGGGCCCGCAGAAGACGCCGUCCUGCGCAGCAACCGACGCAGUGGCAGCUCAGGUGGCAGCGGCAGAGGCUGAGGCGGAGGAGGCUGGAACAGUUCUUUCUGCAACCGGCCUCAUCGGGGGGUCCCUUGUGGGCCAAUGCCUCGCAUUGCUGGUGGAGAUGUUCGCUUGCACGACGCACCCGGUAGUGCGCUCGUCUGCAUUCCUCCAGCUCUGGCGGAACCGGCACUUUUUCCCGUACCUCCUUCUUCCCUCGCAGGCCGUCGCAGCGGAGUCGGUGCGCCGCCAGUUCCUCAGUCUGCUGCAGCAACAGCAGCUCGAGAUGCGAACUCGGGACAUGGCUCUCGAGCUCAUCGCUGACGGUGUUGCCCCUGUCAUUGGACAGGACGCUCCCCUCACAGAGGCGAUUCUCAACACGCUGGCGUCGCUGUGGGGAGCGCCGGCUUCAUCUCCAGAGUCCUGCGACGGCCAGGCGUCGUGUGGCGGCGCCCGACUUCCAGGCCGCAGCGACGGCGUCUGCAGGCCAAGAGGCGGAGGGACGAACUCCCCGUCAGACGCGUCGUCGCUGCUGUGCAAGGAGGGGCGCCUCUUCGACCACCGCAGAGAUCUCGACCCCCUCGUCGUUGCCGCGAGUGCGCCAGCCACUGCGGCGCUCGCGACGAAGGCCCUCGCGGCGCUUCUGCCGUUUCUCUGCGGCGACGCAGCGAUUAGGAUUCUCGAAAGGGCGUGCGCCUACGUGUGGAGCCUUCAGGAUGGAGAACGAGUCGCAGCGUCACGCGCCGCGCAGCUGCAUGCGCACGGGAACCAGCUCGCCACCGCCACGUCGACGGCGAGGGAACAAGGGACUGCUGAGGGUCAAGAAGGAAACGGCGGACACAGUGGAGGCCAGACACGGGGAACCUCGCGCCGCCCCAUCCCUGAGAAUGCGUCAGCCACUUCCACAGCUGUUGCGAGCAGGAUGAGGGCCGACUCUGCCCUGCCGGUGUGCCUGCACAGAGCUUCAAGUUUAGCUGCGUUGUUGGCGACCACGUCUCCGUUGCAGCCGGAUAUUGCUGUCUGGGCGCUGCGGUUUCUGUGGCGCUUGGCGGACAGCCUUCAUCAGGCGGCGUCUGCCGCUGUGGCGUCCUCGUCGGGCUUGCCUGCGCCUAGCGAGCUUGAAACGUGCGAGGAUGCCACCAGGCCUGCGGGGAACCGUUGUGUAGCCGGCAUUCAUGCGUCUUUUGCGGAGGCGCCCAGCCCGAUUUUGCUUGAAGCCGUCAAGGACACUGCACGCGCCUGCCUUGAAGCCUCCAACUUCCUCACGCUGAACCACGGCGACCUCCUUGUGCCUCUGCAGCUGUGCUGUUUGAAACGGGUCUUGGGGCGCUGCUGCUGCUGCGCCGGCACGACGGCGUCAACGUCGCAGGCGCAUGCUUGUCUGUCACACGACGCCUCAGGGCAAACAGUCUCACAGGGGUUCCUGGCAACGACUGCUCUUCGGUGCCUGUUGGACCUUGUGCACGCCCAUCUCGUGCUGCUGCGGCCUCCGCUCACCUUCUGUUCUUCGCUACGUGUAGCAGCCACCUCUCUACACCUACUGACGUCUUUUUCUGAGCCAUCCCCGCCUCAGGAGGCCGCGAGCCGGUCCCUGUCCAAAAACUCCUAUGACCGUUCCCAGGCUUUGUCUUUCAGACUUUCUUCCUCGUCGUCCCGUUCAAGUUUGUUUGCUACCUGCCCUCCGGGGUGGGACAGCCGCCCGCCCUCGAGGAACUCUCAGUCUUCUGACCCACGUUUCCGAAGGAACGAAACCUGGGCGCCUUCUUCGACGCCGUCUUCCCUGCGCGUGGCAGAUCAGGCUACGCUUUCUCACCGGGAGCUCUGGAUCUGGCUUCGCGUGGCUGCCCUUCAGGGUGCCCCCGCCGUCUGCACUUAUCUGGCGGUGCUUAGCGCCCUUCUCGGCUGGUGCCUGCCGGAGCGAGUGCAAUUCAGGAGACUCGCGCGGGCGACGUUCUCCCUCGUAGACACCCACGCGCGGGCAUGUGGGUGCCGUCUCCAGGGGGCGAGCGCGUGUUGCAGAGAUCGACAGACGCGCCGACUACGGACGGUAGCCUCUGAGGCGCGCCCUUCCGCGCCGAUCGGUGAUGUGAAACUCGCAGACGACCUCCGGAAGACGAACUUGGCCUCUGGCCUGGCGUCCACGCAGGAGGCGAGAAAGGACGGGACAGCGAACCCGUUGACGUCGUGCCGCGACACAGAGACGAGAGGUAGUGCCUGGGGCGAUGGCGGAAGCCCCACCGCUGGCGAGACACAGAAAAGGAAAAGGGAGGGGAGCGACGGUGCCACCAAAACGGCGUUAAAAUCGCGAAAACUCCAGUCAGGCGACGGAGCAAGACUUCUAGAUGUCUCCAGGCCACUGGCCACGUCGCCGGACUAUAGAGGCGGACGCGCAGCUAGGCUUCCGGGUCCACCGGCUGAUGAGCAGGAGCCUUCCGGCGGGGACGUGAGGCCUGCGGCAGACCUGCACCUGCUGAAUGCCGCUUGUGCUACUUUCGAAGCUGCGCAGAAAGCGGUCGCCGAGGGGGUAAGCCUCACCGGCGCCCGCGUCCUUGCAGACCUCCAGCAGAUCGCCCUGGCACGCCUGAAUGGAAUCACGCCUUCAUCCGCGUCUCCGCCUUCGGCGGAAGCCGCCGACGCUGGAGCUGUCGAAGGCAGCGCUGCAGGGAUGGGGGAAGGGAGCGCGGCAGACACUCAAGGCACUGAGAAGACCUGCGACACUAGCGCAGAGUCGUUGUCGGUAGCGGAGAAGAAGGCUGACGUGUCUCUGGCGGGUGAGUCGAAGAAACCUUCCAAGGCGACGCCUGCGAAGAAACCGGAGAGCAGCAGUGAGGAGGAGGGAGAAGAGAAAGAAGAAGGCGAACUGAGUGACGACGAGCCUCCCGCUCCGACUCCACCAAGGAGACAAGACUCGCCGCAGGCCAGGAUCUACCCGUCUGCCGCCCCUAAGGUGCCUGCGGUCGCUGCAACAACUUCAGGAACGAGCUCAACGGCGGCAUCCCUUCGUCAUCUGCCCACCGCACAGGGCGGGUCAAGUAUGGCGACGGCAGGGUUACUAGGCUUUGCCCACGGGCGCGUGGGGCUCCAUGGAGACACGGGGGCACCUUCUCUUCCGGCGCCCCCCCCAGAGGGGUGGUGCCUGGAGGUCGCGUUGGUGCCAAGAGAGGCUCCGCUGGAAGCACGCCUGACAAGGCGCGAAGUGCGGCUGCCGUUGAGCCGGAAUCGCUGUCUUCGUCCGCUUCGGAUUUCUCCUUCUCCUCGGACUGCGCUCUGCUGCCCGGACGGCGAACCGCCCGCCGCGGAAGGGCACCGACCGUCGCAAGAGAGUGCAAGCGCCGCGGAUUCAACCGAGACUCCCGCCCGAGCAGACAAAGCCGCAGCGGCUGGAUGCAAGAAUCACCACAGUGCGAUUUCUGGCAGGCCAUUGUGCGCGCGAUCCACCUUCUCUCCCGUGCUGGGUAGGAGUGGCGCGGGGCGCGAGGCGCGCGCUGCCAACCGCCGCUCAGGUGGGACACUUGCUGCAUUCUGCGAAGACAGUGUGGCAGACGGCCACGUGGCAAGUCGAGAGGACUUGAAGAGGACCUUGGAGCUCCUUCUGCAACUGGGCAGAAAGAGUUCGCAGUCCCCCCGGAGAGUCCGAGUCCUCGCCCUCCUCGUGGCCCUCCAAGCUGCCUCUUGGCUGAUCGCUCCCCUUCCUCGAAGGGCGCUGGAGGUCAUGGCCUCGAAGCAGCAGAGUCUUGAGGAGACUCGGUCGGCCCCUAAGGCGAAAGACAAGACAUCGAAGGGAAGCGCCUCUGUCUCUAAAGCGGGAAAGCCUCCCGGCACUGAUACGGCUGGUGCGACGUCGGCGACAGCGGAGACGCCUUCCACAAGGCAGGCCGCGCUGACAUUAGUUGUGCUGAAGGAGAGACAGGAUACAGAGAAAAUGGUGCUGCGGACUGUGGAGACCCUGGCGGAUGUGCUCACGGACGAGGACGAAGCGUCACUGCAGCCACUCGUUGGGGCAUGGCUUGGGCGAUGUUUCCUCUCGCUCCGCGCACACUGGCCUUCGUUGCUUUCGCGUGUGGCGGACAUCCUCUUGACUCGGCUGCGCGUUUUGUUGCCUUCGGCGACCGCUUCUGAGCGAACGGGCGCCUCCAAGCUUGCAGCCCCGGGGCAAGGCUUGAGGGAAGCGUGGGCGCUCCUUUGUCUUCCCUUCUCUUCACCGUUUCCGCGCGUCUCUUUCACUCAGCCUGAGCUGUCAUCAUCGCUGCCCCCAGAGACAGACUCCGCUUGUCCAUUCUCGCCGCUGUCCUCCGACUGUCUGUCUCUCCCCCGUGGCGUUUCUCGAAGUCCUCUGGUAAGGGUGGAUGUCUGUCUCACGCAAGGAGACGAAGCUGGCGAGAGCCUGAAGUGCCUGUUCCACCCUGCGCUGCAGGGACAGCAGCCUGGAAUCUCGCUCGCUGAGGCCACGAGGUUUCUGCGGGAGCGAACAGCAGCGAGAACGAGACACUUUACUCUCGCGGCGCCGCCCUCCUGCACAGGCGACGGCGGCGGUCUUGGGGCAGCUGAGGGUGGUGCGGGUCACGACGGGGCUGCAGGCGCCAUCCGCCGGGGCAAACAUUCUUCGGGGAUUUUCGAGAGUUCGUGCGACUUGCACUUUGAAUGGAUCCACGCAUAUCGAGCCGGUCUCGAGAGGUUCCUUCACCGGAUCCUUGAGGUCUACGGCUUGACGCCGCACGACUCUCCCUCGCCGGCGCCGGCUGCGCCUCCCGGACAACUCGAGCACACAACCUCGCCGCAGCUUCAAACAGUUCCAGGGCGCCAACUCGCGCCGGAAGACAGCGCAGUCUCAAACCGGAGUUCUGCCUCCUCGCCCGCUGCCGCGAACCGGUCUUCUGCAUUCCUGUUGACUUCAGCCGAGCCCUGCCUGGCGCCUUUGUUCGAUUUCCGCGCUCGAGCUUCCGGGGCGCUGUCGCGCCGCGCCCUCUACAAGACGGCAGUUUGCGCAGGCGUUACCGGUUUUCCCGCCGCCUCGUCGGUUUGUUUCAGUGCAUGCGCCGCAGCUGCCAUGACACCUGAGACAUUCAGCUGGCUGAACGCCUUAGCCUUGAGCCUUCGAGCGGAAAGUGUCUUCACCAGGGGCGUAGUUGAACGUGUAUCGCCCGCCGGAAGGCUAAAAAGGCUGAGUGCAGACACGGAUGCCGGGUCCCAGGCUGUGGCGGAGUCGGUGGCGAGAGGGAGACAGGCAGUGCGAGAAGCGGAGUCACAUUGGACACACGCUCUUGAAAGCUUGGGCGCAUGCAAAAGCCACGAAGACCAUUUCCUUGGGGAAGGCAGGACCGCCACAGGAGGGAAGCCACACCCUGUUCUACACGCGUUUAUCAAGGUACGGUUCCUGACGAGACAUCCAACUAAGGAUAAGGAAGGCGUUCUUCCGUCUGCUACCCCUCUAGCGUUGUCACAGGCGGCCUACAUAUUUCGGCACUACACAACGGAGCCGCUGCCCUUUUGCUCAACCUCGCGACGCCUGCUGGGAAUCCAGGCUUGCCUCUGUCGAACCUUCGUCCUCGUGACGACCUUCCUCAUGGCACGCCUGCUCAAGUCGCAGGUGCUGACUCUACUCUCGAGUCAGGGAUUCUCAGCGUGCGUGCGGUCGCGUACGGACACAGCUGGAGCCGCUGCCCGCCGGCCGGGCGCGUGCCUCGACGCCGCAGAGACUCAACGCAGAAAGUUCCCCAGACCUGCGAAUGGAGAGAUUCUCGGUAGUCGCCCCGCCCCCUGCGGUUCACACCGCGACGGCCCCAGCCCGCGGCAAUCGGAGCCUGCAAACGCGUCUCAGGAGAACGAGGGAUGUGAGACUUCUCAUUCAGGGGAUAUCGCAAGGCUGCCAGGCGGGAUGCCCGCGUCUGACGGGGGUCUGACAUUUCUUCGAGUUCCCUGCCUGGGGGUCGUGUUUGUCUCGAACGGGGGGGGAUGCGGGGUCGACGCGGGAGUCAUGGAAUCUGUGCUUCAGAUAGCCAACACAGCGCGGCAUCUAACCAGGCAGUUUCUGUCGUGCUCAGCGGAACUGCAGGGUCACGAGGAAGUUAUCGACCUCCUUCCGCUGUGGCUGGAAGCCAGCGGGGGUCCCUUCGGGCGCGGGCACGCGCCGGCAGGCUGCUGGGCAGCUGUCGAGGACAGUUGGAGAGAAGGGGCGAGCGACAGGAGAGGGAAAGAGGCGCGUGCGAGUCGGUUCCAGCGGGAGGAGAGGCGUUGCCAGCGUUCAGAGCUAGCUCGCUUCGCGCGAAUGAAGCAGCGAACACGUUUGGAACGGGCCUCCGCGAGAACCUCAGGGCCUCCAGCGACACCAGCCUCAUUUCUCGUCUCUCUCGACGCAUGCGCCACAUGCCUGUCCGCGUCGUCCACCUCGUCCACCUCGUCCGCCUCACCCGCUGUGCCAUCGCCUGCGCUCGCUUCGCCUGAACCAAACACGGAUUCCCGCAAGGCAGCGAGCGGAGGAAACUAUGCGGAAAUAGGAAGGCAUGCAAAGCACGAGGGUCGGCAUCUCAGCAGCCAGUCGGGGUCCGCAGGCGGAGGGUCAGACACUCCAGGAUCUGCAUUGAAAGUGACAGAGGCAGCGGCGACCGACCGCGUCCCGUCCCCGUGCGCAGCUUCGCCACCUCGUUCAGCUGCCGCUUAUCCUGCGCCGGCGUGCGCUUGUUUUGUGCGCCCAUUCUUUUUUCUGCAUCGUCUAUGGCCCCUCCUGCGAAUUUCUGCGCCUCCCUUUCUUCUUCGGCGGCAGUCCUUGACACGCCGAGCCGGCGCGCCCUGUGCGCAGUUGCGCGAAGAAGGCGUUUCAUCCAGAGCGGCUUCUUACGGCUCCGCAGCAACGGUUGCAGCGCCUGGAAGCACCUCUCAUGGAGGAUCGCAGAGAGCAUCAUCGCCAGGACUUCUCGAGGGAACGGUAUGGGAUGCAGAGGUCAACGAUGCAGCCUCUGUCAUGCGGACCGUAAACGCGCCUGACCUGAAUGAACAGGCGGAGGAUCUGUCUGGAUCGCAUCCGCUUGGCGCCUCAUUUUCUGAGAGCCGGUCGGCAGACGAUGCCGCGGCGCCGUGCCGCCCGGCAGCUGACUCGAAUCCACCACCUCAGGAAAAGCAGAAAAGUACCGCAGGGGCCCAGCAAGAGGGGGGGGAAAAUCGCCAAGGGGUUGCGAUGGAUGAGGGUGAAGAAGGGGAUAUCUUCGAAUCUGACAGACCUGAUACCACCCAACAGCGCUGGGCCACGGCGGAAAUCGCUGAAGCAGAGAGUGACGUUGAGAGAGCGACAUCUGAUUACCGACAUGCAAGCAGGGGCGACGGACUCUCAAUUGCCGCUUCACACGGAGUCAGCACGCCCCCAGGGCGGGCUGUAACGGAAGUGGUAGCUACGAGCAAGACAGAAGAAACAGCACGCGAAGGCCGCCGAGACCAAAACGGCAACGAAGCCACACUUCAAGCAAGCUCAUCGGACGCGGAAGGCGGCGCCCGAAGCCCAUCUUCUACGCACGACUAUUUUGUAUUUUCCAGCGGCACUGAGGCCGGAGAGGGCGAAGAGUCUCCUCUUCUUCGCAGAGCCCUCCCGCGGGCUCUGCUCGCGCAACUUGUUGCCUUGAUUGAGCAGUGCAUGAACACGCCGUUUCCCCUGCCGCCGCGUGUCUUCAAUCCGAAGUGUCUUCCGUGGGUCGCCGUGCGAGCGACACUCAGCGGGCAGGAGGAAGCUGCUCGCGGCCGUUGCGUGUUCCCCGUCAUCAGGUUCACGGGCGAGUUGCGAGAUGCGCAGGCGCAAGUGUUUGCGGCGUGGGCAUUUGUGCGGCUUCGUCUCUCCGUCGCAACGGGCCAUGGCUGCGUUCAGCAGUCUGCGCUGCAUAACACUCUGCCCGCGGCCGACAAAGGUCAAGGCGUGAUCUUCACAGAAGACAUCCCCGUAACUCAGCCGGUGCCGGGUUGCGUGGAUGCCUUCUCAGCCGCGGCGGCUGACGGCGGCAACCAGCAGACAGGGCCCUACGCAGGCGGCGUGCGGAGCUUCUCGCACACAUGUAUCCUCAACGCAGAUAUGGAGAUGUUGCCCUGCUUGCUGGUCGAAGCCGUGCCUCUGGAUGCUGAUCGCAGAGUUAUUGGAGACAGAAGCUCCACCUUCAUCAGUGUCACAGACUCUCAGAAAUCCAUGCCCCUGUAG